AUGAAACGAAAAACGAAACGAGAAGAGGAAAAGAAAAAGAAUAAGGAAGAACACGCAAAACGGACGGUGAAAAGAAAAGAAAAAGAAGAGUGUGCUAUUUUACCACCACCAUCACCAUCACCACCACCACCACCAUCAUCAUCAUCAUCAUCGCUGUCGCGAGCUGCCGCCACUACCGCGACGGCCAGCAGCGGCAGCGCAUAUUCGUCACCUUCCCACCUUGCUGUAUUGUCGUGGCGCGUGGCGGCCCACCCGCUGCCGGCUGCCGCGCUCCUAAAGAGGAUCCCGGGGCGAGAUGAAGUGCGCUCGGAGCGAACAACGGCAGGAGGCUAA